AUGCAGGCCGAGGACCUGGCGGACGUGCUGCGGGGCCUCGAAGAGGAGUUCGAGGCGGGUGAGAGGCUGGCCGACGAGCGGGCGUGGCCAGGUGGAGCUCAGGAGAUGGCGUGGGAGGGCUGGUCGCGGCACGGCGCGGCGCAGGGAGGCGGGCGGUCGCCGUUCGGGUGCCGAAGCUGCUUCCCCGAGGGCGCGCCGGUGCCGGUGUGCGCCGAGUGCGCGCGGCGGGUCGGGCGCGACGGCGCAUCGGCGGCGAUGCACCUCCACCGGCGGCUCGGCUGCGAGCACGUCUACCCGGACGAGCUCAAGGGCCUGACGCCGGUCGAGGAGAAGCUGAUCGCGCUCAACUCAUGCUACGGCUUCGUGACGAAGUACAGCAUCCCCGGCGGCCAGAGGCAGGGCGUGAGGGCUCGCGACCAGGUGCUCCCGCACCCGCUGCUCCGGGUCAUGGACGAGAUCCACGUCUCGUGGCAGGGCGCCGAGGCCCGGGCCGCGGGACUUGUCCGGCCUGCUGAGAAUAACCCGCACUAUAGCGAGGUCGAGGUCGACACGGCCGAGAUGGACAGCUGGGGGGAGCCGGCGCACGGGGUGCCGGCGGCGGUGUGGGAGCGGCUCGAGCACAACGAGCCGUCGGCGCGCGAGAGGACGCGGACGGCGCAGCUGGUGCCGCCGACGGAGCGGGCCAUGGACGACGAGGGCGUCGUCGAGAUCGAGGAGGUGCUUGCGAUGCUAAGGCAGGGCCGGGACCCCGCCGAGGGCCGGCCCGACUACGUGGCGGACGCCGAUAAGAUCCGCUUCGCCCGCGAGGCUAUCGGGACCAUAGGCCCGAGGACAUGGGUCAACAUGGCGGCGGGAGGGGCGGCGGGAGGGGCGGCGAGGAGCAGCGGCCGUGGCGGCGACAGCGAGCCCUACAUACAGGUGCGGCGCGGAGACGAAUUUGCCGACUCGGCAGACGCGUCCUUCUUCGCCAGGGCCUUCCCGACCCUGUUGCCCUUUGGGCUAGGCGGGCCGAGGCUCGCCGACGAGGCCGCCGCGGGCGAGGGCGCGGCCGCGGCCGCCGGCCGGCGGGGCGGCGAGGCGGAGCGGGUCGCCGAGGGCCUCACGUCGACGCGGAACAUGAACCUACAAGCCUGGGCCGACGUCGUACUACGGCGCCACGGCGGGCGGUUCGCGACGCACCCCAUAUUCGCCUUCCUCGUCUUCAACAUGGGCGUACGGUCCAGGAAUCGCCAGGCUAGUAUGCUGGGCGUGACGAGGAAGAACUUUGCAAGGGUCGAGGGCCUGCUAAAGUCGUUAACGACGCAGAGACUCGAGGCGGCGAAGGUCGAGCUCGAGGCUACGGGCAAGACUAGCGACGACGGGGUGACGGAGCUCCUCCGGUCCCUCUCGGUGUACGGGGUGCCGGUCAUCUGGUUCACGCUGAACCCGAACGACAUCACGAACCUAGUAAAGCUACGGCUGGCGGCGUACCGCGCCCGUGACCCCGACGCGGCCGAGGCCUUCCUAAGGGACCUCGGGAACGCGUAUAAGCGGACGCGGCUCGCCAUAUCGGACCCGAUGAGCUCGGCCGUCUUUUUCCACCGGGAGAUGACGCUCUUCUUCGAGCACUACGUCCGGACCGGGGAGGAGUCGGUGUUCGGGCACGUCGGGGCCUACUACGGGGCCGUGGAGACGAACGAGCGAGGUGCCCUCCACCUCCACGGGCUCCUCUGGCUAAGGGGCAACAGGGGCCUCGGCGAGGCGCUCGCGGGCGCCGACACGGAGGAGCAGGCGGCGUGCCGGGAGCGAAUCGUCCGCUACGUAGACAGCGUCUUCUCCGAGGAGCUAGACGCAGAAGGCUACUGCGCCGUGCAGGCGGAGAGGUCGGCGACGGCGGACAUAUCGUCGCGGCUCGACGACGUCGCGCGCUUCACAGACGCCUUCAACGAGGAGGCCAACUUCUGCGCGGGCGCGACGCAGGUCCACACGCACAGCGCGACCUGCGCGCCGUGGAGGCUGGUGGAGAGGACGGCGCUGACGACGGACGGGGUGCUCGAGGUCCGGCGCACGCAUAACAUGGUCAACCGGUGGAACAGGGCGAUGGCGGUCGGGCUGCGGCACAACCACGAUAUCUCGUUCAUCGCGACGCAGCGUAAGACUAUGGCCCUGAUCUACUACAUCACCAACUACGCGACCAAGGUCGAGGACCCGGCGUGGAAGCGGGUGGCCGCGGCGGCCGAGUUCCUCCCGACGCUAGAGGGGGAGCUAAUAGAAGAGAACAGCGGCAGUAGUAGCGAGGGGAGGAAUAAGACGAGGACGUUCCUACUCAAGGUAGCGAACCGGGUCUUCACAGAGCGGCCACUCUCGCAGGUUGAGGUAAUAGCCCACCUCCUAGGGUAUCCGGCGGAGUUCAGCAGCGGCUCGGCGUGGGCGUACGUCAAUGCGAACCAGCUCUACUGGGCCGUCUUCCGCCGGUGGAGGCAUCUCCAACGGGCAAGCGGCGCGGAGGCGACAGGCGACGCGCCGGACGAGACGGUCGUCGUGGAGGAGGCCGGGCCGAGAAUUCCCCUCGUCGAGGCCUACCGUCACAGGGGGGAGCUCCUACAACGGCUUUGCCUCUACGACUAUACGUCACUUAUAAGGCUGAGGCGGGCCGGCGGCAGCGCCGACAGCAGGGCGGGCUGGGGCGAGAUACCCCUCGCAGAGGGCUGCGCGGCAGGGAAGGGCUGGGUGCAGGUGCUUAGGCGACCGGGCAAGGCGGCGACGGUGCGGCUAGACGGGUACCUAAGCAAGGAGUUCAGUAAGGAAGACGAGGAGUCAUGCCACCGAAGGGCGGCGGUGCAGCACCUGCCCUAUUUAUACCAUGGGAGUCAUUUGCGCGAUCGUCGCUCUCCCGAGGUCGCGCGGCUCGUAGACAACGUACAGCUCCUCCGGCGGUCAGCGGAGGACGCGAAGCGCGACGCCAAGCAGUGGGCCGCGACAGCCGAGGAAGACAGGUCGACAGCGCCACAGGCCGAAGACGAAGGUAGGGCCACGGGGAGCGGCGGCGAGGGGGCGUACCGCGGCGGCGGGGCGGGCGACACGGCCCGGCUCAUCGACGUGGUCCGGAAUGCAGCCGCCGCGGGGCAGGUGACGGCGCAGUCGACAGAGCUGCUAGGGAUGACGCAGCAGCUCUGCCGGUUCCAGCAGCCCGGGCUCGAGUCAGCCGCCGAGCUCGCGGCGACGGUGGUAGCGGAGGAUGGGCCCGUGAGGCGAGUCAACCUACCGGGCUCGGCGCUCGGGGCGGCGCUGCCGCGGCAGGAGGAGGUGCGGGCUAUUAAGCGUCGGGGCGGACGCGGCGCGGCCCUCCGCGGGGUCAUGGGGGGGUUCGGCGAGGACGACAUGGACGUGACGGCGGCCGACGGCGACCCAGACGUAGGCACGGCGGCGGGGAUGCGCGUGCGGCUCGGCCCGUCGAGCUCGUUCCUCGCCGCCGGCCGGGAGCUGGCCAAGGAACUGACGCUGAACGAGAAGCAGUCAAUUGCCCUCCUCAUCGUAUGCCGGCAGCUCGACCAGAUCCGGCAGGCCAACGAGGCAGGCGGCGACGGAGAAGGCCAGCUCUGCCUAUUCGUCGGCGGCGAGGGCGGCACCGGCAAGUCGCGCGUCAUAGAGGCGCUCGUCGAGCUGCUCGCCCGGAGGGAGCUCUCGAGCCGGAUGCUCGUGACGGCGACGUCGGGCACGGCUGCGGCGCGGAUCAACGGCAUCACCUCCACUCGGCCUGCGGCCUCACGGUCGGCCAGGCGGGAGGGGCGACAAGGAGCUGGACGGGUGCGGCUGCCGGGCGCGGGCGAGCGCUUCGUCGACGGCCGGUCGCGCAUGGACUGGCGGGAGAAGGAGGUACUCGUAAUCGACGAGGUCAGCAUGCUCGGGGCGCGGACGCUGCACGCGGCCAACGAGCAGCUCCGCCGGCUGCGGGGGUCGGCGCGAGACUUCGGCGGGAUCCCGGUAGUGAUCCUCUGCGGCGACUUCCACCAGUUCCGGCCGGUGCAGGAGCGGUCGAUCCUGCUGCCGAGCGCGGCGGUGUCGUGGGACGAGGACAGGGCGUUCGCGGCCGAGCAGCGGCGGCAGCACGACGAGGCGCACGCGCUGUGGCGGCGCUUCACAACGGUCGUCAUGCUCGACGAGCAGAUGCGGGCCGCCGGCGACCCAGAGCUGCGGCGGCUGCUCGGGCGGAUCCGCCGCGGCGAGCAGGACCGGUCGGACCUCGAGCUGCUCAACUCGAGGUGCCACCGGCCCGGCAGGCGGAUCGCGUGGGAGACGGGCGUGACGGUGGUCACGCCUCUCAACCGCAACCGCUGGAACCUCAACCUCGAGGCGGCGCUCGCGUUCCGGGCGCUGCGGCGGACGGCGGCGCGCGUCUUCCUCUCCGAGCACAAGUGGAAGGACGGCGAGCCGACUGAGGAGGAGGCGGUGCUGAUGCUCGGCCAGGGCGACGACAGCGCGACGCCGGUGCCGGCCGUCUUCGUCUUCGUGCCCGGCAUGCCGGUCGUCGUGAACCAGAACACGCACCAGGGGCUGAAGGUGGUGAACGGGGCCGGCUACACGGCGGUGGCCGUGAUCCCCGACCGGGCCUUCCCGGCCACCGGGUGGAUGCCGGCCGGGACGAUCCUGCUGACGCCCAUCAGCGUGAAGAUCACGGCGCAGCGGAAGCGGCCGUGGCAGCGCAACGACGUGAGCCGGCGGGGCCUGCCGUGCGCGGCGGCCUUCGCCUGCACCGACUACAAGGUGCAGGGCGGGACGAUCGAGCGCGUCGCGCUCGAGCUGCGGGGCGAGGACGACGACGGUCGAGGGCAGGGCGGUGGCGUCGCCGUGCGACCCGUACAGCCUCUACGUGCAGCUCGCGGUGCCCGACGCUCGACGGCAUCACGCUCGUGUCGGAGGUGCGGGAGCGGGACUUCAUAG